GUAAAUCGCAAGUCAUAAAUCAUAGACUCUCGCAACUUCGCCCCCGACAUCUCUCCGAAAGGUUCCGACUCGCUUUGCACCUUGCGCGGUCCUCGUCGGCUAUCAUUUUGAUUACACCCAAAUCGGCGCAGCAGGCCAAUGGCGCUGGAAGCUGGAGUGCUGACUGUGACGGUGGAGGCAGCGCAUGACCUAAAAGACCCGGAAUGGGUCAGCAGGCAAGACCCCUACUGCGUCAUCUCCGUCGGCGGCCAGACCUUCCGCACGCGCACGGCCGUGGACGGCGGCCGAAACCCCGUGUGGAAUGAGACGUUCCGCUUUGACGUCGGCCAUGCACCUGACACUGGUGGCACGGCUGAGGUGGUGGAGGUGGUGGUCAAGGCUGACCAACUCGUGGAGCACGACGCCACCCUGGGCUCGGCGAGCAUCCCGCUGGCCACAGCACGGCAGACCGCCGGCACCGACUGUUACCACACGCGCGCCGCAAUCGUCAGCCCUCAGCACCACCGCGUGCACGGCGCGGUGUCGCUGGCGCUCCGUUGGGAUCCCGCUAGCAGCAGCUGCAGCGGCAGCGGCAGCGGCGAGCAAGUGCCGGCAGGUGAGCAGCCGUGCAGGGCGGCGCUGCCCAUGCCGCAGCAGCAGGGGCAGGACGACGCCCAGCAGCAGCAGCAGCAGCAGCAGCAGCAGCAGGGGCAGCAGCGCCACCACCACCACCACGGCGGCGGCACGCCACGCGAGCGAGUGGACGUGAUUGAGUUUGUGGAGCAACGCCCGGUGGCUUAAAGGAUUAAUUACAACCGGUGUACGGGUCAGUUCGCAGAAUGAAGGGCUUUUGUAGCGUGUUCGGGUCGAUGUGAGGCUUGGAGCACAGUUGUGCGUGGUGGUUGGGGGCGUUCUGGGCGACCGGCAUGCGCCGGGCGCUUGCAUUGCAUGAACGUCAGGGCUAAUGGAUGGCGUGUCGUGAUGGGAAAGCGUAAGGGGAUGGGGUCGACACCGCCCCACCAGGCGUGUGCAGUCGGCGCAGGAACACGUAUAAAGGGUGUCUGACACGCUUACGUCCUGCUGAACAUGGGUCGCACGCACGCACGUGGGAGCAACUUCAGCAGCGUCAUGAUGCAAUGUUAUGCAUGCCAUAUAGGUGUUUGCGAAAUUAUGUUUGUUAAUUAUGUGACUGCGUGGUCUGGGAAGGAGGGAGGCAAAUCAGGGAAUGCAAAGCGACAGGGCCCGACAGGGCGGGUAGGGAAACGUACGUACAGAGGUCAUCGUGCACUGCCGGACGCAGCAUCCUACUCCUCAAGACUUACGGGUUGUGUGUAAUGCAUGAAUCACAUAAAUCACGUGAGUACUGACGCGAGACUUAGCACCUACGGCCGGAGGAAUGCGUGGCGGCGGGCCGCCGGCGGUCAGGUUUGGCAGGUCUGCGCACAUUUCGUGCCAGCGCCUCCCUAGCUAGAAACUGACAUUCCGCUGCGUUUGCAAGUGCACAAGCAAUGCGGCCCAAGUAGAUAUAGUGCGUGUGUGAAAGUGCGCCGCCAUGACGGCAUGUGUUGCAUGGUUGGGUGUAAUGGGCAUUUGCGGCGAGACCGUACGGCAAUUGCCAGACGCGCUUGGGAAUCUGUCAGCUGGCAAGGCUGUCAGGAGCGAGGCUGUCAGCAGGAGGCUGUGAGUGCGACACGGAAUGUAACAGAUACAUGAGCACGUUCAAGCCAAUGCGAUGACAACUUCCUGACGGUGCAUACUGGUAUGCGGGAUGGCAGUGCGGCUGAAGAAGAGGUGCAGGGGCGGGCUGCACUCGACCGUAGCUGACCGUAGAUGGAUGUAGAUGAUGUGUCAGGGAAGACAGAAAGUAAGCUGGGGCGCAUGGGGCCAGGGUGGCGUAGUCCCGCAGUGUGCAGCGUAUUAUUCCCAGACCCCAGCAUUCGUUAGUCAAGUUGCGACGUCACGGCAGCAGGAGCGCGCGGCUGUUUGAAGUUCAAACACGCACCGGAGUUACUGUGCCGACGAGUCCGUCACUGGAUGGCGUGCUGGCAGGCUGGUACCGGCAGUUUGUUGAUGCGCAUUAGCCCCGCUGAGACAUAUUCGGCGAGCCAGCACCACACCCCUCCACGUUGCUUUGCCAAGUCUGGGUCAACAACGCGAGGCGUCUGGCCGUCUGGGUCUCGCGGCACGACUGGUGCGUGAGUGCCGGCAGGGUUACUGUCUGACCCUGGGACGUUACACCGGGUGACCGUCCGGGACAUGGGUCUGGUGCUAUGUGCAGCUAUCUCAGGUGCUAGUGAGGCUUCUGUCUGUGUGCCUCGCUGCGGGUUGCAUUGUCUGACACGAAUAAGUGUCACCCACUCUGGGAU